UCGCUCUCUCUUUUCCAAACGGACUGAAGCGACCACAUCACAUCUCUUGAUUUAUGUCACAUGGCAGCCAGCGACAGUCAUCCCUGCUCCACCUGAGCUCUGCAACUUUACUUUGAAGGCGGACUUUUUUUUUCUCAUCUUGCUGCUCAAGUUUUCUCACAGCCAGAUCUCUGUCAGGAUCUCAAGAAGCGGGCUGCAUUCCAAUUCAUUAAAGCUCACACUGCAGAAGAAGAAGAGUGUCUUUCUGUGCUGGCUCGCGCCCCGUUUCACCCCAUCCACCCUGUGCUGAGUUUGAGACGAUCAUCAUUAUCACCAUCGCCAGAAUGACGCAUGUAUCUCUGAGGGCUGUGUCCCUGCUCCUCCUGCUCCAGACGGCUACUUCUAUGGUGAUGCUUCCUAACGCCACGGGCUGGGGGCAGAUUCUGGACAAGUAUCUGGAUGAGGAGGGGGACUGGUGGGAGGCCAAGCAGAGGGGGAAGAGGGCCAUCACCGACAGCGAUGCUCAGCUCAUCCUGGACCUCCACAACAAACUCAGAGGCCAGGUUUACCCUCCUUCUUCCAACAUGGAGUACAUGGUGUGGGACACAGAGUUGGAGCGUACAGCAGAGGAGUGGGCAGAGACCUGUCUAUGGGAGCACGGGCCUGCCGGUUUACUGCCACAGAUCGGACAGAACCUGGGAGCACACUGGGGAAGGUAUCGUCCGCCCACGUUCCAUGUGCAGGCCUGGUACGAUGAAGUGAAAGACUACACCUUCCCUUACCCUCAGGAGUGUGAUCCUUACUGCCCCUUCAGAUGCUCCGGCCCAGUUUGUACUCAUUAUACACAGCUGGUAUGGGCCACCAGCAGUCGGAUUGGUUGUGCCGUCAACAUGUGUUACAACAUGAAUGUGUGGGGACAGAUUUGGGCCAAAGCCGUCUAUCUUGUCUGCAACUAUUCACCAAAGGGAAACUGGUGGGGACAUUCACCAUACAAACAUGGGACCUCGUGCUCUGCCUGUCCUCCCAGCUAUGGAGGAGGCUGCAAGGACAACCUCUGCUACAAAGAUGACAGCUCCAACCCUCCACAAGAGGAAACGGAAGAAAACAACUUUAUUGAGCCAGAGGCCCCCCGCGCUCCACAGAAGCCCUGGUCUCGGGGCUCCAAGCCUGAGCCUCCCAAUCUCCCUGCCCCAGCCCCCACCAAGCCCCCCACGGAGGACCUGCAGAAGAAUGAAGUGGUCAACACACAGCAGAUGUCUCAGCUUGUGACCUGCGACACAAAGCUUCGAGAUCAGUGUAAAGGAACACCAUGCAAUAGAUACGAGUGUCCAGCUGGGUGCCUAGAUGCCACAGGAAAAGUAGUUGGGACAGUAUACUAUGAAAUGCAAUCCAGUGUGUGCAGAGCUGGUCUGCAUGCUGGAGUCAUAGAUAAUGACGGAGGAUGGAUGGAUGUAACAAGACAAGGCAGAAAGGACUUUUUCAUCAAAUCCAACAAGAACGGAGUCCAGUCUCUUGGAAAAUAUCUGAGUGCUAACUCCUUCACCGUUUCCAGAGUAGCAGUUAAAGCCAUCACCUGUGAAGCCACAGUUGCACAAAUGUGUUCAUACCAAAAACCAGUAAAGCAUUGCCCAAGGUUAUACUGCCCAAGAAACUGCUUAGAGGAGAAUCCUCACAUAUCCAGAGUAAUCGGCACCAGAAUAUACUCUGACAAGUCCAGUAUAUGCCGAGCAGCAGUUCACGCUGGAGUAAUCAGGAAUGAUGUGGGUGGUUUUAUCGAUGUGAUGCCAGUGGACAAGCGGAAACACUACAUUGCCUCAUUCCAAAAUGGCAUUUUCUCAGAGAGCCUUCAAAACCCUCCUGGAGGGAGGGCGUUCCGGGUGUUCGCUGUGAUUUGAGUGCCAUAGAGGGCGGCUUCGCCAAACAGAAAGCGCACUUGGGCUGUUGAAUAGGCGGUAAUCAAGCCCUGUUGUCAAACUCAAUGACUGAAAUGUUUCUGGCUUUGCUACACUCCAGGGGUUAGAGGUCGUCUCCAUGACAGCGUAAACCCAGCAACACAAACUUGACACACACACACAAUGAGGAACUGUCAGUACUCACUCGCAUUGAGGUCUCAAUUUGUCAUCUUUAGCAGGAAAUUUUAUCCACUGUAAAUAUGUUUUUGUACAUUUUUGUAAAUAGUAUAUACUUGUUUUGUCUUUGUGCCAUUGCCUUGCCCUUUUAAGAAAUCGCUGUGUAUGAAUACUGAUUAUAGAAAUCCUUUUAUAUUACAUUAUAAUGGCACUUCAGGAUGAAUAUCAUUUUUGUUGCAUUAAGUCUGGCACAUUUUUACUGGUGCUCUGGAGAGGUUUCUUGUCAUUUUGUACUUUUUUUAAUGAUUGGCGAACAAAUUGCUAUGCAUUUAUUUUUAUAUGAUUAUGCUUUAUAUUAAUAUGAUUUAUAAAGAAUGCUGCUAUAUGUUUUUUUUUUGUAUUGUUAUAGUGUGAUGUUUCGUUAUUUUUCCAGAUAAUGUGGUUUAGUUAAAACUCCCUGCAGGUCGGGAAGUACACUCAUCCCUCAGAGUUCUCUAAACAAAACCUAUGUGUCAGACUUCAUCAUGCAUUGCAUUUUACUGGCUGUCGAUACCCCAAAUAUGUUUUCAAGUCAUGUGUAUUCAUCAGCUUAUGACAUUGAUCAACACAAGCAAUACUAUGCAACAGUUUUAUUUAAUACAGUAUGUAGGGGAAUGGUGAUUUUUAAUCAACA